GGACAGGAACAUCAACCGUUCCGAUAAGAGGAGAUAAGACUUUUGCCUCUGUAAAAUUACGCUGUACUACUGUAGAAACUUCAUUUUCUUCGUAGUGGACCACCUGUUCACGUGGUAUCACUGCAGGAGGGUGAUUGACGAGGUAGCGAAGGUGUCAAAUUCUGACAAGUUUAUAAAACUGAAUCGCGACGAUCGUUAGCGGCGGGAUCGCGUUUUAAUCGGGGUGACAUUGAGAAAACGUUCACGUCGAGUGCGAAAUAUACGUUCAUCGAUGUUGAAAUGAAGCAAAAGCGCGUUAUGUAUGGCGACUCGCGAAAACUGUGUGAUAGGCCCACCCAGUACGCCCCUCAUGGGCCCUGCAUUACGUCGGAUUAAUGAUCAAUGGCUUUAUUUGAGACGCGAUACAUAAAUAAAGUGCUACUGGAUGAUACGGAAAAGCUGACGAGCAUCAUUGAAAAUGCAAGAACAAUUGACGGACACACGGAAUACGUGAUCAGAACGCAAAGAGGUCCACUUCCAGAAAAAUCUUGGAGAGUCAGUAAACGUUACAAUGACUUCGUACAACUUAAUGCAGCUUUAUCAAUAUCAGCCAUUGAUUUGGCUCUUCCUCCAAAGAAAAUUAUUGGUAAUAUGGAGCCAGACUUCAUAGCUCAACGUCAAGUAGCACUGCAGAAUUUUUUAAAUACAAUACUAAUGAAUCCCAUACUGGCUUCGUCGCUUCCUAUGAAAAAAUUCUUAGAUCCAGAUAAUUACACAGCACCACUACAUGAAAUAGCUCUGCAACAGGUGUCACUAGCUUUACGUAGCGAUGCGAAUUAUGAAGUUUGUAAGGCCAUUCCUGAUAUGGGAUGGCGGUUAAGAAAACAUUAUUAUACAGUUAAAAAUCGUCAAAAUCCCAAGCAAGAAUUACUACUUGCAUGGGUAGAAUUUGGUCCGGACAAACAUCUACAGGACAAAGAUAUGCAGGGUGUUUUCAAAAGUUUAGGAACGUUAAAACACAAUCAUAUAGAACCAAUUGUUUUCCAACAUGUGACGGAAAAUGGAGCGUUAACGAUAAGAAAUUUUCAUCCGACCGGCACGCUGAGGGAUACUUUGUGUGUGACAAAACCUAAACAACCAUUUAUAAAGAAGUAUGGAAACCCGAAACAAACCAAAUCUUUAUCAGUGCUUGAAAUUGCAAUGUAUGGAUACCAGAUUUUGGAAGCUUUAGGAUUUCUUCACGAAAAAGGUCUGCCCUAUGGACAUUUACAUACUGGCAACAUUCUUUUAACUCAGAGAUGUGCAAAAUUGUUAGAUAUAGAAAAUGGCCUGUUAGGCUUGCCUGCAUUCUAUCGGCCUUACGUUGUUCAAAGACGUAAACUUCACGCUACGACGCAAGUAGACGUUUACUCGUUUGGACACGUGUUAUAUGAAAUGGCAUUUGGAAGGCCGCUUCUCGAGGCUACCUGUUCCGAUUUUCCGUAUUGUGAUGCAACCCUAAAAAGUUUAUUCGAGGUGAUUUUGUCGCCUGAAGCUUUGAAACAAGAUCUACCAACGAUAUUCCAUUUAUCGGAGCAUCCAUUUUUCGAAUCGGCAAGACGUGCAACUCUGGCUAUUGGAUCAGUGGAGAAACCACACUUCAAAUUAAGUAGUCAUUUAAAGGAAGCUUUACUCGAAGCGGUGAACAAAGCAGAACAAAGACUGAAAGACGAACAAAAGGUAGUUAGGCAUCAGAAGAGACUCGUUAAAGUUCAGGAGAUGAUGAGCUCGGAAGAAGAGAUGAAAAAACGAAAACAGAAAUUAAAGAAAGAACAAAAACUAGCACAAGAGCAACGUUCUGCAAAUCAAUUAGGUACAAAUGGAAUAAAGCAAGCGAAUGGCAAGAGUCCAGAACGUUCAGAUAGUCCUACAAGCACUUCCACGGCUACCAGCGUUGGAACCUUGACUCCACCGUCUUUCCGUUCCGUAGAUGUGCCGCGAGGUGAUGGAGCCCCUGUUAAAAGUACUAUCCCACCACCUCCGAUGCCACCACCCAAUGGUGCAGCUGACAACGCCCCGAAGGUGACCAACGAACGUGCCGCUUUACUCGGAAGUAUUUGUAACUUCAACAAAACUAGUCUACGGAAAAUUGCUAACGGACACCCUUGAACAAAUAGAAUAGUUUAAUUGAAAGGAAAACUGUUAAACGAUUUUACUCUAUAGAAUAUUAGAAAGUGUAACGCGGUCCAUACCACGAGGAUGCAACAUUUUUUUUUUUAAUCAAAUGGAUAUAACGGUGUUUAUAGUUUGAUUUCUAUUGCGAUACUUGAGAGAACUGUGCGUAGAUUUAAAUUCCGUAGGAUUUUAACGCGUACACGUUGCAAAGGCAAAUAUAGUCAUUAAUCGUGUAUUUACAAACAAUCGUAUACAGAGUCAUGCUAUUUAUAUGUACAUUAGCCGCACGAAUCGUUGUUAGAAGUGGGGCAAUAUUUAAGUAUUAUCUGCUGUUAUUUUUCAUUCUUCGAACACCGUCCAGAGUCGAAUUCGUGAUUGUAACAAAAUCAGCUGAAUUGAACCGUGGACAGAUUUUUAAAAAGAUGAUCUUUUAUAUAUAUAUGUGUGUGUAUGUCGUAUUCAUGUAAUCGGAAACAAUCAGACGAACCAAGUUUGUGUAUUUAAAGAGACAAGGAAAUAAUCUUUAUGUCGACUCCAUUGUAUCUGGGAGUCUAGAGAAAUUUAUCUCGUUCGCAUCAAUUUUAUUCAUGAAACGAUACUGCGUCUUAUUUAAUCAAUGGUAUGCAGAUAAGAGUGAUGAGUCGAUGAUGGUACAAUCUUCAAUUAUUAUAGAAAUGAUUUGCUUCGAUCAAAAUCUCGAGAUCGUAAUUUUUAACAAAAUUCGCUUUAUCGAUUUUUGCAACGGAGUACUAGAGAGUCUGAAACGAUAAGUGAUAAGUUAAGAAGUGAUAGCAUCUAUGUAUGUAUUAUGUACAUUUUUUUCUCGUUAAUGUUAUAUACCGUUCUGUCUAUUCAAAGUUUAUGAUAUGUGUGACGUAUUAAUGUAUAGUCCUAUUAUAACAAUCUCUGUCAGCCCUCUUUCGUCUCGUAAAUGUGAGUAUCGUAUGUUGCUUUCCUUGUAUCAGUCGUAGAAUUGGGAACCGUUCGUUUCUAUACGGAGAGAAAAUGUGCCAAGAGAACAUGUACGCGAUCCUUUUCGUUCACAAAUAUUAAAGACAUGGUAUGGUAAACGAGGCGGUAAUCUAUUUCUAUAUGUCACAAAACAGUGUACGUAAGAUUUUGUCGGUGGACGUCGUAACGACAACAUGUAAUAUAGUCACGAUUUUCAUAUGUAACAAUUGAUUUUAAAUAUGUCCGUGUAAAUGCUAUUCCUCAUAGAUUAAUCUGUAUCUUUGUUUUAACGACAACUGUGAAUUAUCAAAAUAAAAACAAUUCUAUAUUUAUCGAAGAAAGAAAGA